AUGUCGGGUGCGGCCACCGAGGUGGGCACCCACGCUGCGGGCGUGGAAUCGAUAAUGUCGUUGGAGUUGGGUGGAUUCUCGCCUCCUGCUCUCGCCUGCUUUGCCUGUCGCGAAGCCCACACCGCCUGCAGCAAGGAAAGGCCGUGCAAGCGAUGCGCAUCGCUCGGGAAGGCCUGCUACGACCCCGAGAAGAAGAAGCGAGGGCGGCCAAAGAAGAUUGAACAACAACUCAGGCAACAGCACCAACACCAACACCACCAGCAUCAACAGCGAGAGCACCAUGGUGCCCAACCUCUUCCACCCCACAAAAAGGCGCGAACCAGCGGCGGCACAGAGCUUCUGCCCCCGCUGUUGCCCACGCAGUCUGGCAGCGACGGGUUCCUCGUCGGCGUGGCCACGACCACCUCCACGUCGACGUCACCGACGCCGCUCCUCCCGCAUUUCUUCGGCAACGGCAGUGGCUGGCAGUCGGCAGCUGCCGCAGGCCCAGACGUCGAGGCCCGGCCCAGGCACGCGACGACCGCUCCGCCCGCCGACGGGCGACACGCCGGCGAUCAUCAGGGCGUCGCUGAAGCGCCGGCCGACACCACGCGCACCGGCCGACACCACCGGCCGACCACAGCGAGGAGGGACACCGCCGCCGCCAACAGCAGCGGCGUCGGCGUCGGCGGUGGCAGGGUCGAGGGCCUGUCGGGGAGCCUGCUGUGCCUGCUGGUGGACCACAUGAAGGACCUGAAGAGGGAGGUGCGCGAGACCAAGCGGCGCCAGGACGGCAUCGAGGACCUGCUGCGCGACCUCUCGUCCAAGGUCGCCGCCAUCCCGUCGCUGGUCGCCGCCGCCGUCGCGUCGCAGUCGGCUACCACCUCCUCCUCUUCUUCUUCAUCGUCUUCUUCAUCGCCACUCGAGGACUACGACGCGGCGCUGCUCUCCCCGUCGGUGCCGGUGCUGGACUGCACGGCUGCUGUGCGCCGCGCGCUACAGCUCAGCGAUGGCACCGCCGGCGGCUACGCGGCGCCGUCGUUCACGCUGCUGCCGGGCCUGGCCGUGGUGCCCCCGCGACAGCAGAUCGCCGCGCUCUUCCCCUUCCUCGACGAGUACAACCUGGGCACCUGCGACCGACCCUUCGUUUGCGACAACCCAGAGAAGCCCGUCGUGGUGCUGCGCUGCAUAUCCCAGACCUCGCCGGGCGAAGAGGGCACCGCGCCUAUCAUCAUCUACAUCAACGACCCCUUCUGCUCGCUGAUGGGCUUCACCAGGAACGAGCUGGUGGGUUCGCCCAUCACCAAGCUGGCCAUGCCGGAUUUCGCCUUCAAAGACGAAGUAGCGAAGCGCUUCCUCUCACCGCCCGGUACGCUGAUCGGCGACGUGUUCUCGGUGUCGAUGCUGGUCAUGAAGCGGAACGGCAUGCCGGCUCGCGCGCACAACCGCUUACAGUACUUCUACAACGGCAUGCGCCGGCAACGGUGGCUUUUCUCGGUCACGGAUGGCCUGGACGAGAGCAACGUCCCCUUCGCUCCCUCCAACCUCAUGACGCCCGCCAUUUCUUAUCGCUCGGAGCUUCAAUGGGAGCAGCAGGCGCAGGUGCUCGAACAGGAGUCCAUGGCCGCCUUCCGCCACGGCCUCCCCGCUCGAAGCGCACCAACAGGACCGAACUUCUGCGGCCAACAGCAACCGACCACAGAUGCCGACAGGUGGGGUGGCGACUUUGGAGGAAAUGGCGCGUACGACGCGGCCCAGCACGGCGCCCCGUACUUUGCCUACGGCCCGACCGAGACACCGACCACCACUACGCCCUCGUCGGGCGACGGCCCAUCGCCGGGCGCACAGGCGCAGCAGGAGCCGUUCGAAGAAGAAGAGGACAGCAUCGGCGAUCUGCUGGCCAGCAUGGGCGGACCCUCGCCGUCGCCCUUAGGGUUCCCGGCCUCCCCCUACUCCACCUUCUCCUCCUUCUACUGA